CCAUCUGUCAAUGCCCUCUCUUGUAUAGUCAGUCUUGCUCUGACAGAGUCGUUUAGCGCGGGAUUCUCGAGUUUUUAGUCGAACUCGAACACGUCGCACCUAACGAUUCGCGAGAUAAGGUCCCGCGUUCGGUCGGUUUGCGAAAGAUAGAACAGAUUUGCGGCGGAACCAUCGGGAUUUCACGAGUCUCGAUAAUAGCAACUUUCGCGAAAUCGUUGUCACGGCUGCCUUGAAAAAUCAUGAUCAAGAAGCUGUGGGUCAUCCCUCUUAUCGUCGGCUGCGCGAUAGCUCUCUCCUCCGAUUCCAACCCGGAAUACGUGAAGCAAUGUUCCAGAAGCGAUCCCAAAUUGAUAAAUUGUCUAAUUGACGCUCUGCACCAUUUGCGACCUUAUUUGAGUGUCGGAAUACCCGAAAUCGAAUUACCUUCGGUAGAACCAUUCCGUAUGGACGAGCUGACUCUCUCUCUGACAGGUGGUGUGAACGGUUAUAAGAUUCAGCUACGCGACCUUUACGUAAAAGGGGCAAGCAACUAUAGCGUAGAGGAUAUUAAACUUGGCUCACCUUUUCAAGCUAUUGUACGAAUGCCAGCCCUUGUACUAGACGCGCAUUAUUCCAGUUCCGGUGUAUUAAUAAUAUUACCUGCAAGUGGAAACGGCACGUUUCACGCGCGCUUUGGCGAUGCUACGGCUCUAGUCAAAGGAACUGUAUCAACGAAAUCGCGAGAAGGAAAGUCAUACUUGAACGUUGACAACCUUGAUGUAAUUCUCGGAGUGAAAGAUGUGCAAAUGCGAGUCAGCAAAAUCUUCAAAAACAAUCGAAUUCUCACCGAGGCGAUCAAUCUCUUCCUUCGAGAAAACGGACAAGAGGUACUAAAAGUGAUGGAACCGCAGCUGAAGAAAAAAUUAUCGGCGCUCUUCGCCGGAAUUGUCAAUCAACUGUUACGACACGUACCAGUGGAAACGUUCCUUAUACCCUAAGACAUAUAUACCUAUAUCGCAUCAUCAUUAGCGAUUGUUGUUUUUCUCUCAAACAAUCUAUCUCAAAUACGCACAUACAUAAGUAAAGCUGAACAAUAUAUUAUAGCAUACAAAAUAAAAGGUAUCAGGCUUAUUUAAAUUAGAAUUAAAGAGGCAUUAAAUUUAGAAUUAAAAACGUGAUUUUUUAACUGGGCUUUCAAUUUUUAAAUAAUAGACUGUGAUUUUAUUCUGGCGUUUUAGAAAAUUUAACAUACAGCAGGUCUCAUGUAGUAUAAUUCAUUUAUUUUUUUUACGAAAAAAUUAUUUAAAUAAUAAAGCUGAAUAAAAAUUGCCAUCAUUUUAAUCGACGAAAACUUAUACAGUAUGUGUAAAUUUAAUUUAUAUACAAGAGAUUUUUAAAUCCGCUAAUUAAAAUGCUGCAAUGAUAUAAUAAUAAUGUGUCUAUUUUUGUGAUUAUUUCUUUAUUUGAAAACAAAAUGUUGAUUAUCAUUCUUGUUCAAUUACUAAAUUAAUAUAUUUUAUUUAAUUCAUGGUUGUGCUAAAGAAUUAGAAUAUAAUUGAGACAUAGUCCUAGAUACAAAAAUAAUAUAUAUGUUGACACAUAUAA